AUGGACAAGAGCUACGGGUGGCAUCGGCAGGAGCAGCAGGAGCAGCCGCUGCCGCUGCACCUAUGCUUCUUCCUGCUGAUAACGUUCCUGUUGGUGAGCAUGUCGUGGUACCUCAACUACGAGUCGGCACUGGAGAGCCUGCUCGACCAUGUGAAGCUGAUGGUGGCGCUGUCACCUCUGGUGCUGCUGGUGGUGGUUCACUGGCUCUCCGCCGUCGAGCCUGGGCGGUUCCCCCUCUUCAUCCCGCUGCUGGAGAGGGACUCCCUCCAGUUCUCCGGCGGCUCCCCCUGGGGCGUCGCCCUGGCCCUCGUCCUCCUCCUCUUCAUGGUGUCCUACCAGUCCUACUUCCACGAGCACUGGUUCCCCCUCCGCCGGUGA